AUGCCGCGAGAGUUUCGUUGUCAGUCGAUGAUCGUGUUCGGCGACAGUCUCUCUGAUGAUGGCGUGGAAGCCGUGGGCGAAUCACAUGGCUUCAUGCGAAACUCAAAUGGAAAAGUAUGGCCGGAAUAUUUGGAGCAAAUGUUGCAGUGUGAUAUGUACACCAACUUCGCAUACAGUGGCGCAAAGAGCGGCCGCGACAAUUUUUAUUUUGAAGGCUGGUCAGGUGUAAGAUGGCAGGUCGAAAAAUAUCUCGAAAGUAAUCUCUACAUUAGUGGAGAGCCGCUGAUAAUCUUUCAAACCGGAGGGGUCAUCGACUUCUUCUCAGGCGAAAAAGAUGCCACUAAUGUAGUGGCGAAUAUUGAAGCGAGUAUUGAGAACAUUACACAGGCGAUGAGCUCCGGCACACUUUUUGUGCUUAGCGUUCUUGACCUUGGCACGUCACCUGGAGUACGAGCAGCGGAAGACAGCAGUGAACUCCAACAACGACUUGGUGAAUUAGUGUCGGAAACCAAUAGGCACCUUGCACGAAUUGUAUUUGAUUCUGAGAAGGGAGCGCGUCGUCUCUAUCCGAAACUACGUAUUCGGUUGCUAGAUAUUAAUCCGCUUGUGUUGGAGGCAAUGAAUUCGCUGAACAUCACUGAACCAUUCACGUACCAUAACGUAGAUAUCGGACCACGCUCCGUGUACAGUUACGCGUACUACGACCUCUGGAAUCCUUCAACGAUCGUCCAUAACACACUUGCUGAAGAAAUUGUCAAGCAUUUGCAGAAUUUCUAA